GGAGCCGCCGGCCGGAGGGCCGACCCGCCAUGGACGCCCAGCCGCGCGGUGUUCGCUCCGCGAAGCUCUCGCCGCUCCCUGCUGUGCCGCUGCUGCUGCUGCUGCUGCUGCCAGUGGUCAGCACCUCCGACGCUGAGCAUCGCCUGUUUGAGCGGCUGUUUGAAGAUUACAAUGAGAUCAUCCGGCCAGUGGCCAAUGUGUCUGACCCGGUUGUCAUCCAGUUUGAGGUGUCCAUGUCUCAGCUGGUGAAGGUGGAUGAAGUAAACCAGAUAAUGGAGACUAACCUGUGGCUCAAACAAAUCUGGAACGACUACAAGCUGAAGUGGAACCCAUCCGACUACGACGGGGCCGAAUUCAUGCGUGUCCCUGCGCAGAAGAUCUGGAAGCCAGACAUUGUGUUGUACAACAAUGCUGUUGGGGAUUUCCAAGUGGAUGACAAGACCAAAGCUUUACUCAAGUACACAGGGGAAGUGACUUGGAUCCCCCCAGCCAUCUUUAAGAGCUCAUGCAAAAUCGAUGUGACCUACUUCCCAUUUGAUUACCAGAACUGCACCAUGAAGUUCGGUUCCUGGUCCUACGACAAGGCAAAAAUCGACCUGGUCCUGAUCGGCUCCUCCAUGAACCUCAAGGACUACUGGGAGAGUGGCGAGUGGGCCAUCAUCAAAGCCCCUGGUUACAAGCACGACAUCAAGUACAACUGCUGUGAGGAGAUCUACCAGGACAUCACCUACUCGCUCUACAUCCGGCGCCUGCCCCUGUUCUACACCAUCAACCUCAUCAUCCCCUGCCUGCUCAUCUCCUUCCUGACUGUGCUUGUCUUCUACCUGCCCUCCGACUGCGGUGAGAAGGUGACCCUCUGCAUCUCGGUGCUCCUCUCCUUGACCGUGUUUCUCCUGGUGAUCACCGAGACCAUCCCGUCCACCUCGCUGGUGAUUCCCCUGAUCGGCGAGUACCUGCUGUUCACCAUGAUCUUUGUAACCUUGUCCAUCGUCAUCACCGUCUUCGUGCUCAAUGUGCACUACAGGACCCCGACCACCCACACGAUGCCCACGUGGGUGAAGACCAUAUUCUUGAACUUGCUUCCCAGGGUCAUGUUCAUGACCAGGCCGGCAAGCAACGAGAGUGACACUCAGAGGCCAAGACCCUUCUAUAGCGCUGAGCUCUCAAACCUGAAUUGCUUCAGCCGCAUAGAGUCCAAGGGCUGCAAGGAAGGCUACCCCUGCCAGGACGGGCUGUGCGGCUACUGCCACCAUCGCAGGGCAAAAAUCUCCAAUUUCAGCGCCAACCUCACGAGAAGCUCCAGUUCUGAAUCUGUCGACGCUGUGCUCUCCCUCUCUGCUCUGUCACCGGAAAUCAAAGAAGCUAUCCAGAGUGUCAAGUAUAUUGCUGAAACUAUGAAAGCACAAAAUGAAGCCAAAGAGAUUCAAGACGAUUGGAAAUAUGUUGCCAUGGUGAUUGAUCGUAUUUUUCUGUGGGUUUUCAUCCUGGUGUGCAUUUUAGGGACGGCAGGAUUGUUUCUACAACCCUUGAUGACCAGGGACGACGCUUAAGAACUAAACUGUGUGUUAUUUUUGAGGUUAUUCAUGGGCAUUGAGGGAGAGGGGAAUCACUUUUUAAUUUAUUUUUAAAUGUGGUAAAGUACACUGAGCAUAAAAUUUAUCGUCUAAACCAUGUUUAAGUGCACAGUUCAGUGGUAAAUGUAUUCACAUUGUUAUGUAACCAUCACCACCAUCCCACCCAACUCUAGACCAGUUAAACAAUCACUCCCCAUUUUCCCCUCUCCCCUGCAACCAUCAUAAUACUUUGUCUUUAUGAUUUUGACUAAGCUAAGUACCUCAUGUAAGUGCAAUCAUACAGUAUUUGUCUUUUUGUGACUGUCCUGUUUCACGUUGCAGAAUGUCCCUAAAGGUUCAUCCAUGUUGUAGCAUAUUGCAGAAUUUCCUUACUUUUUAAGGCUAAAUAAUACUCAGUUGCAAGUAUACCCAUUUUACUUGUCCAUUUAUCUGUUGAUGGACACUUGGGUUGCUCCCAGGUUUUACCUUUUGUGGAUAAUGCAGCAAUGAACAUGCGUGUACAAAUCUCUCUUCUGUACCUUGCUUUCAAUUCUUUUAGGGAUAUACCGAGAAGUGGAAUUGUUUGAUCAUAUGUUAAUUCUAUUUUUAAUUUUUUGAGGAACUGCCAUUCUGUUUCCCACCAGGGCUAUGCCGUUUUACAUUCCCAUCAACAACACACAAGUUUCUCCACAUCCUCAUCAUACUUACCGUUUUCUGGUUUUUUGGACAAUAGCAAACCUACAGGUUGUGAGGCGGUAUCUCAUUGUAGUUUUGAUUUGCAUUUCUCUAGUUACUAGUGAUUUUGAGCAUUCUUCAUGUGUUUAUUGGCCAUUCUUAUGUCUUCUUUGGAGGAAUGUCUCUUCAAGAUCUUUGCCCAUUUUUGAAUUGGGUUGUUUUUUAUUUUUAAGUUUUAGGAGUUCUCUAUAUAUUCUGGAUAUUAAUGCUUUAUCAGAUAUAUGAGUUGCAAAUAUUUUUUCCCGGUCUGUGGAUUGUCUUCAUUACUGUUGAUAGUAUCUUCUGAUGCACAAAUUUUUAAAAUUUUCAAGAAGUCCAAUUUGUCUGCUUUUUCAUUUCUUACCUGUGCUUUUUUGAGUCGUAUCCAAGAAACCAUUGCCAAAUCUAAUGUCAUAAAGCAUUUGUUCUGUUUUCUUCUGAGAGCUUAAUUGUUUUAGGUCUUACAGGUAAGCUUUUUCUCAAUAGAGGUUCCUAUCAUCACGCUACUGGCUUUGCUUUUGGCAUUUCAAAGCUUACUUAUCCAGUUGUCUUGACUUUUGUUUAAAAAAAAAGACGUAAGAAAAAUGUCAAGAGUAUUAUAAGUAAAUGAACAUUUAACCGGCCUUUGGAUUAGGUAAAAAUACAUCAAAAUAUAAUUCUUCUACAGUGAUAAGUAGCAUGCUGUGCUAUGGACCAUGUAAAAAUGGACUAAAUACAAAAACUGUAGGGUUUUUUUUUUUAGUGCUGGAGACAUAGCUGGAUGGAAAAAAAAAAAAAAAACCUUGCUGUUCACAAAUGGGAAGAACUGUUUGGUUCAGUAUCACAACAGAUUUCCCAAUGGUUUUCUUAUUUAGCUCAUAAUCUCCUUGAAGUUUAUAUUAUUUCAGCAAGACCUCACUACUAUCAUUUCUUACCAUGCACUUCGUUUUUUUUUCAUCUUUUACUGUUUUUCAAGAGUCCUAGGACCAUGCCCCCAUUUUGGAUGGCCUUAUUUAUCUUGCAUAAUUCUAAAUGAUUAAGAGAGAUUAUGCUUAGCCACACAUUCACUGUUAAUGAGCCUUCCGAACAGGGUUUCUCACCCUUAGCACUAGUAACAUUUGGGGCCGGAUUAAUUCUGUGCGGGGGGGCAAAUCUGUCCUGUUACACUGUAGGAUCUUUAGCAGCACCCUGGCCCCUACCCACUAGAUGCCAAUAACAUAACCCCAUCCCUUGCCAGAUACGAUGACCAAAAAUGUCUCCGAGGAUUGUUAAGUGUCCCCUCAGGGGCAAAACUGCCCCUGGUUGAGAACCACUGCUUUAGACAAAUUAUUAGGGAGAGUGUAUCCCAUACUCUACUUCUGAAUCUGAGUAACUGCUGGCAAGAGAUGAUGAUUUAUAGAGACUGUUCUAAUCUUCUCACUAGUCAUUAUGAUGUUUUUCCUAUGCAAAAAUAAAACGGACAAAAUUGCAGCCCACCGUGACUCAUGUUUCAAUAAGCUAAAAGAUUUCUAUAAAAUGUAUUUACAUGUAAAUUUUUAAAGUAAGGCUUCCCUGGUGGCUCAGCUGGUAAAGAAUCCACCUGCAAUGCAGGAGACCCCAGUUCAAUUCCUGGGUCAGGAAUAUCCACUGGAGAAGGGAUAGGGUCCUACUCCAGUAUUCCUGGACUUCCCUGGUAGCUUAGCGGGUAAGGAAUCCGCCUGCAAUGCGGGAGGCCUGGGUUUGGGACGAUCCCCUGAAGGGAAAGGCUACCCACUCCAGUAUUCUGGCCUGGAGAAUCCCAUGGACUGUCUAGUCAGUCCAUGGGGUCGCAAAGGGUCGGACACGACUGAAUGACUUUCACUUUUUUAAGUAAGAGCAGUGGAGAUAUAAUAAGGAUCAGGGAUAUAGACAAGCCAUGACAGCCAACAGACUGUUUAAACACAUCAAAUCAGGAGACUGUCACUCAUUAAAUGGCAUUAAACACCUGCCUACAAUAAAAUGCAAAUUAGACAGGAUCCCCUCUGCCUUCCAAAGAGUGUUAACUUGAACUUAGACCUGUUACUUACUAUAAAUAAAUAAGGUAUCUGUUGUCUCAAAAGCUAACAACUCUAAAUUGAAUGCAAGAUUUCUAUCAGUAUUUUCUUCCUGGUCAUAGCUGAAUCAGGAACAUUUAGAGAUGAAAUUUUAACUGUCUACCUGUGAUACAUGAUACUGUACUGAAUAAGUAGUAAUAGGCUAAGACUAGAUUAUGUCUAAAUUUACGUCUAAAUUACAUCUAAACUCUAAUAUUCUACUACUGUACUGUAAUUUUUGGAAGGAAAGAGGUAAAAUUGAAACAUCACAGGUAUGUAACAAUGUGCUUAUACAUAAUUAGAAUAUCACCUUUAAUAUUAAAAGAUGGUUUUCUCACAGAACAAUUUAGUAGUAUACACAGACGUGUUCUUAAAAUGGGAUUCACUUAGUUGUAGUGGACGCUUCUAAGGUCAAGGAUCAAAAGAUGCUACCAGAAUUUAUAUAAAAGGUGGUCCUAUUAAUUGUGGAAAAAGUAGACAAGAGAACUGAAAUAAUGUUAGGGAUAUGCUAUACUGCAUGUCCAUAGGAAUUGUCUAUUGUAUGACUUCAUGAUGGAAGGUAAGCUGUAAAAAUAGUUACUAACAAUAAUUGUUCAGUUUAAGCAUCUACAAAAUAAAGUAAGCCUUAAAGGAAUUCCAAAUUCCCAGUUUUCAUUUUUUAAAAAUGCUGGUUAUAAAAAAGCUGCAUCAUAUUCAAUCAUUAUCAUACCAAGUAGCCAGCUUACUUAAAACAACACUAUACUGUAGCUGUUAUGCAGUAAAUACAGGACAGAGAGAAUUUUUAAAUGUGUACCUUUACCAAAUGAAAUCAGUCUUCAAAUCCAACAGGAUUUUCCAGCACAGUCAAAGAUGAACUUCACUGCUGAUUACAAAGUAGAAUUAUUUGCCAGGAUACAAACAUUAGAUUUUUAUUAGUUCAGUUUAGAUAAUAUUUUGUGCUGUUAUUUUUAGAAGAUCAAAUAUUAUUCACUCAGUUAUUACUUGAGUCAUGCAGCUAAAUAUUUUAAUGGGCAAUCUAUUGAGAUAAACUGAUGUCGGUUGCAUCAAAUUUUAAACACAAUUCACAUUUUCAUAAUUCAUAGGUGCCAUAACAAAUAUG